AUGCCUUACUCUGAUUCCGACACAGUUUCUUCUUCAACAAAUCGACUUAUCAUGGAGGAGCUGGAGUAUGACAUAACGCUUUUAAAGAAAGAGUUUGAUAGUAUGUUUCAUGCAUUAACAAACGAGCAACGCAAUAUUUUUCUUGAUAUCAUGACUACAGUCAAUGAUAAUAAAGGAGGUGUGUUUUUUGUUUAUGGAUAUGGUGGAACAGGAAAAACCUUUCUUUGGAAGACGUUAUUUGCAGCAAUUAGAUGUAAUGGUGAUAUAGUUUUAAAUGUUGCUUCAAGUGGUAUUGCAUCUUUAUUAUUGCCUGGAGGUAGGAUAGCACACUCUCGGUUUAUAAUUCCGUUGAAUCUUACCGAGUAUUCUGUUUUAAGAAAAAGCUCAUUGAUUAUUUGGGAUGAAGCACCUAUGGUCCACAAACAUGCAUUUGAAGCUUUAGAUCGAGCUCUGAGAGAUGUAUGUAAGUUUGAUAAGUCUACCAACUCAGAUAUUCCAUUUGGAGGGAAAGCGAUUGUUUUUGGAGGAGACUUCAGGCAGAUUCUACCUGUUGUUCAAGGAGGUAGCAGACAAAAUAUCGUUAAUGCUUCUUUAAGCUCUUCAUAUAUAUGGCAACAUUGUCAAUCCGAGUUUAUUCAUGAUCAGUUUGAUCCCAAUUUAUACUCCCCGAAUAUUUUAAAUGGUCUUAAGGUAUCAGGUUUGCCAAAUCACAAGUUAAUUCUAAAAGUCGGUGUUCCAGUUAUGUUACUAAGAAACAUUGAUCAGAAAAAUGGAUUAUGUAACGGCACUAGACUACAAGUGAAAUCUCUUGGAAAACGUGUUAUUGAGGCAAUUAUAAUAUCUGGAACUAAUAUCGGAAAGCAAACAUUUAUUCUAAGAAUGUCUUUAAGUCCAUCUGAAAAAAAAAUUCCUUUCAAAUUUCAAAGAAGACAAUUUCCAUUGGCUGUAUGUUUUGCAAUGACAAUUAAUAAAAGUCAGGGGCAGUCGUUAUCAAAGGUUGGUCUGUAUCUCAAGGAUCCUGUUUUUUCAUAUGGACAACUGUAUGUUGCCUUAUCUAGAGUUCAAAGUAGAGAAGGACUGAAAUUGUUAAUUUUAGAUAACGAUGGUAGACUUACAAACAAAACUUCAAAUGUUGUGUAUAAGGAAGUUUUUAGGAAUUUAUAA